CACUGCAGAUGGGCUUUCCAGGGCUGAGGACUUCCCUCCUCUGCCUGAGUCUGAUCCUACAUCUUUGGAGCCAGGGGCCAGGCAUCCAGGGCCAAGAGUUCCAAUUCGGACCCUGCCGGGUGGAGGGAGUCGUCCUCCAGGAACUGUGGGAGGCCUUCUGGGCCAUGAAGGACAUUGUGCAAGCUAAGGAUAACAUCACGAAUGUCCGGCUACUACGGAAGGAGGUUCUGCAGAACGUCUCGAACGCUGAGAGCUGUUACCUUAUCCGUGCCCUGCUGAAGUUCUACUUGAAUACCGUUUUCAAAAACUACCAGGAUAAGGCAGCUGACUUCAGGGUCCGGAAGUCAUUCUCCACUCUGGCCAACAACUUCGUAGUCAUCGUGUCAAAACUACAGCCCAGUCAGGAAAAUGAGAUGUUUUCUGUCAGUGACAGUGCACGCAGGCGGUUUCUGCUGUUCCAGAGAGCAUUUAAACAGUUGGACAUAGAAGCGGCCCAGACCAAAGCCUUUGGAGAAGUGGACAUUCUCUUGACCUGGAUGGAAAAAUUCUACCAGCUCUGAAUGCCGAGACCAGGAAGGCGCCUUGUUCUCCAUGUCAUUUCAAAUGUUCCAUGUCCCUUCAUGUGAUAAUAUUCUCUGGGCACAUCAUACCCUUGAUGACGGGUUGCAUUCUUGGCCGGGCUUAUCUUCAAAUACUUCAUUCUUUAAGUGGCCCCAAAGAUAGCCAUGGAAGGUUCCCUUGGAUGCUAUGAGUAAUCUACAAAGUAGACUCCUAUAUUUAUUACAACUCUAUUUAAUUCCA